AGAAGUAAACUAAAGCCAGCAGCCAAUAAAGCCAUCCCAUCCAAUCAAAAGUCCAUCCCCUGCCCUUGCCUUGCCCUUGUAUUCUCUUGUGUUUCAUCUUCUUCUCUCACCUUGUGGUUUUCUUUUGUUUGUCUCUCUCUCUUUUACCCUGCUCUUUCACACACACAAUUCUUUCUUAAUUUUCUCAGAUUUGCCUCUUGUUCUCGAUUCCCCAACUCAGGCAACCAUGAGUGACGAGGGAGAAAAGACUUGUCCACUCUGUGCUGAGGAGAUGGAUUUGACUGAUCAACAACUGAAGCCUUGCAGAUGUGGCUAUGAGAUAUGUGUUUGGUGUUGGCAUCACAUAAUGGACAUGGCUGAAAAGGAUGAGACAGAGGGUCUGUGUCCAGCAUGUCGUCUCCCUUAUGACAAGGAAAAAAUUGUCGGGAUGGCUGAAAAGUGUGAGAGAUUGGUGGCUGAAAUCAAUAUGGAGCGGAAGAUGAAGUCACAAAAGUCUAAGAGUAAACCAUCUGAAGGAAGGAAGCAACAACUCAGCAGUGUUCGAGUUAUUCAACGAAAUCUCGUUUACAUUGUUGGGCUGCCACUUAAUUUGGGGGAUGAAGAUCUUCUUCAGCGGAGAGAAUAUUUUGGUCAGUAUGGGAAGGUUCUAAAAGUAUCUAUGUCUCGUACAGCAGCUGGUGUCAUUCAGCAAUUUCCAAACAAUACUUGUAGUGUAUAUAUUACUUACUCAAAAGAGGAGGAAGCUGUUAGGUGUAUUCAGUCUGUACAUGGGUUUGUUUUGGACGGUAAAUCUUUAAAGGCAUGCUUUGGGACUACAAAGUAUUGCCAUGCUUGGCUGAGAAAUGUGCCUUGCAGCAAUCCUGAUUGUCUGUAUUUGCAUGAAAUUGGCUCUCAAGAGGAUAGUUUUACAAAGGAUGAGAUUAUAUCAGCAUACACAAGGAGUAGAGUUCAACAAAUUACUGGCACAACAAACAAUCUGCAACGACGUUCUGGGAGUGUAUUACCACCACCAUUUGAUGAUUAUUGCAUUACUAGUUCUACUUCUACAGCAAAACCCAUUGCCAAAUGUGCUUCCAAUAAUACAGCAAGUAUCACUAAGGAUUCUCCUCCAAAUGGAAGCUCUAGUAGAUCUGCAGCCCUACCUGCUGCAGCUGCAUGGGGAAUGCGUGCUUCAAACCAACAGCUAGUAGCUUCCCCAGCAUGUUCUAAUGGACCUUCUAAGCAAAAACCUGAAACUGUUGGUGGCACUUCAGCAUUAUCAUCUACAGUUGCAAACACAACUUCAGCAUCUACAUUACAGGUUGAUUUAAUGAAAAAGUCAGCAUUAAAUGAGGAUAGUCAAAUUUCAUAUUCUAAAGGUAAGUCAGAUUCAUUGAAACCACUGAGACAGCAGGUUGGCAUGGACUGUCAAACCUCUACAGCAGAGGCACCUCCUACACCCAUCGGAGAGCCUGCUACAGUAAGUUUGAGCAGCCAUUUAUCAAGUCCACCAUUGUCCAAGUAUAGUGAUAAAGAUCUUAGUAUGCCCCCAAAUGUUAUAAAUACUUUAGAAAGUACUGGUCAUUCCUCUGUUUCUGGUCCUGAGAAGGAAGGGAAUGUUGCAAAAGAUGUUUUGAUGCAGAACUUAUGCCCAGAUAUGUCAGUAAUGAGUAUAGAUAGCAAUGUAAUAGAUGAACAUUCUGGUACAUAUAGAUCUAGUAGUACAGUCCUGGAUACUGGGAUGAUUAAAUCACCUGGGAACCAAGGGUCACAAGUUCAUGCUGAUCAAUCACCAGCAAUUGGGAAGCCUUCUAUAUUGACAGAUGAUGCCUUUGUUUCAAGAGAACAGUUUGAUUGGAGGGAACAUCCACAAACUCACACAGUGACUGAUGCAAGUCCACAAGAAGAGGAAGAUGUCUUAUCUUUUGAUAGUCAAAGACUAAAGGAUCCAGAAGUUAUAUGUCAUUCAACUUAUUUGCCAAAUUCAGCCAAUUCAUUCCAUGUUUCAAAUCACUCAAGGUCUCAAUUUUUGCAACACAGUGAGACAUUUUCUGUUGGUAAUUUAAAUUCUGAUCCUCAAUUUGUAGAUAGUAAAGAUAGUGAUGGUUCAAAUCUACAUUCAUCAAGCAUGUCUUUGAUAUCAAAUGGAUACCCACAGAAGUUGGUUAGAAGUUCUACUGGUUUUGAUAGGACCAUAGAACAUCCCUUUUUGCUUUCACACGAGGGAAAAGGGAAACCCCUGGGAAGAAUACAAGGUGAUUCUGAUAUCAAUAAUGCUGUAGGUAGAAGAGAGAAAAACAUUAUCUCAAAUAUGUUGUCUAUGGACUUUGAUGCAUGGGAGGACCAUCCUUUAGCUUUGCAUCCAAAUUUGGCUAAGUUGUUAGGCGAAACCGAUAAAGAAUCUAGUUCAGUUGCGUCGAGUUCUUGGAAAGGACAUAACAACAAUCAGUCCAGAUUCUCUUUUGCAAGACAAGAGGAAAAUAAGAAUCAGGCAUUCGAUGUUGAGCGACCAUUUAGUGUUUUUGGUCAGUUGCCAAAGACCCAGGAUUUCACUGAAAAUGGGUUGCCAUUACUAGAUAAGCUUGGUAUUGGUGAUGGCUUAUAUUCCAGUAGUUUUGAAGAAUUGGACAAUUUUCCUAGCAAUCCAUCAGUUUUCUCUUCCAAUAAGCUUUCUGUUUCAAGGUCUCAGAUUUCUGCUCCUCCUGGAUUCUCAGUUCCUAGCAGAGCACCACCUCCCGGCUUUUCUUUUCAUGAGAGAGUGGAUCAACAUUUUGAUGCACUUUCUGGAAACCAUCUGCUAGACUCUUCCUCCCUGUUGAGAAAUUCAUAUCAGACACAGCAUGCUGGAAAUUUCAGUAGCACUGGGGAUAUUGAGUUUAUGGAUCCUGCUAUUUUGGCUGUUGGUAAAGGGAGACUUCAAGGUGGGCUUAACAACCCUGGCUUAGAUGUGCGGUCUAAGUUUCCCCCGCAGUUAAAUGCCUUUGAAAAUGAGUCAAGACUGCAGUUGAUGAUGCAAAGAUCUCUCUCUGCACAUCAGAAUCUAAGAUAUGCGGAUGUUGGAGAUAGUUUUAAUCCUCUUAGUGACUCUUAUACCAUUUCUUCAAGGCUGAUGGACCAAUCACAAGUGAACAAUCUAUCUCCAUUUGCACGGCUAUCCAUCCAACAGUCUAGAAAUUCCCUGAUUUCAAAUGGCCACUGGGAUGGGUGGAGUGAGGCCCAGGGUGGAAACAGUUUAGGUAUGGCAGAACUUCUUAGAAAUGAGAGACUGGGGUUUAACAAAUUUUAUAAUGGUUAUGAAGAAUCAAAGUUUCGGAUGCCCAGUUCAGGUGACAUAUAUAACAGAACUUUUGGGAUGUGAUUUGUGUUGGAAUCAAAUUAAUCGCUGGAUUGGAGGUGGUGGACCACAGAAGAAAUAUACUGAUCUCACGGAAUUUGAUCACGUAGUAAUUGAGGACGGGACUAACUUUGGAAUAACUGGUCUUGUUGGGCAGGCUGAUGAGGGAUCAAACUCCUUGAAAAGAUGGGGCCUAAAAACCGGGUCUGGACACCAACAGGUUAGGUAAGCCGAGUUCUACAGGUAUGUGUGUAUUGCGGAAUGCCGUGUAUGAUGAUGAUAUAAACUAGUAGGUUGAUCCACCAUAUAUGUUGAGUGCUUUGCUUCUAAUUGCAGUUAACCAUAAAGUUCAUCUCACGACUUAUAAUAGAUGAAAACAGAUCCUAUGGCCGUUUCUCCCUCUUUCUUCUUUUUACUUGUUUGAGUAUACAACCUCUUUGAUUUGUGUACAAGCUUGGACAAUCUUAAGAAGAUGGGUUGAAUACCCCCUUUUUUAAA